UCUUAUCUCCUCUCUGAAACUGAGGGGAAAAUGUCGGCUUCUUCUUCCUCUUUAAUUCACCCUAGUCUCGUCCUGACCUCGGCCGGCGGUGACAAUAUCUCGAUCUCACCGCCGUCGAAUCUCUAUCCGAUGCUCGAGCGCCGCCGCCGCCGCGACGCGGACGAGAAAGCUCUGAGAGUGACGACGGUGAAGAGCGGCGACGGCGGCGACUCGCUGGCGAUCUGCCGGUCCUCAACGCGGAUGUGGCAGACCACGCGGCCGGGUUGGGGCCGCAUCGACCGUGACACUGCCGUACGAUUGCGCAUGCUUCGCUACGCUGAUGCUGGCCUGUCCACCUUCGACAUGGCCGAUCACUAUGGACCGGCGGAGGAUUUGUAUGGUAUCUUUAUCAACAAAGUUCGCCGUGAGCGUCCUCCAGAAUUGCUCGAAGAGAUCAAGGGUCUUACAAAGUGGGUGCCACCGCCUGUUAAAAUGACAAGUACCUAUGUGCGGGAGAACAUAAAUGUUUCACGAAAGAGGAUGGACGUAGCUUCCUUGGACAUGCUCCAGUUCCAUUGGUGGGAUUACUCUAAUCCUGGAUAUCUUGAUGCGUUAAAGCACCUCGCCGAUCUGAAAGAAGAAGGUAAAAUCAAGACUCUUGCUUUAACUAAUUUUGAUACCGAAAGGUUACACAUAAUUCUCGAAAAUGGGAUCCCAAUUGUCAGCAAUCAGGUACAACAUUCUAUUGUAGACAUGCGCCCUCAACAGCGAAUGGCCGAGCUCUGUCAGCUUACUGGAGUCAAACUGAUAACAUAUGGAACAGUGAUGGGUGGUCUCCUCUCUGAGAAGUUUCUGGAUACCAAUUUAUCAAUCCCAUUUGCUGGUCCUCCUUUGAACACCCCAUCUCUGCAGAAGUAUAAAAGGAUGGUUGAUGCUUGGGGAGGUUGGGGUCAAUUCCAAACUUUGCUUAAAACAUUGAAGAAUGUUGCUUCUAAACAUGGGGUCUCCAUUCCAACCGUUGCUGUUAGGUACAUACUGAAUCAGCCAUCAGUUGCUGGAUCGAUGAUAGGAGUUAGGCUCGGACUGGCAGAGCACAUUAAGGACACAAAUGCUAUAUUCUCCCUUGCUUUGGAUGAAGAAGAUAUGAACAGCAUCUCCGAGAUAUCGAAGAAAGGGAAAGACCUGAUGAAAGUAAUUGGUGACUGUGGUGAUGAGUACAGAAGAGCGUAAGUUCAGACAAACUUGAGAUUGAGAAUCCUAGUCUACUGAGGAUUUCCUCACUUAAGUGCAUAAUGGAACAGUUGCUAUCAUAGCCUUAUCAUCUUCAAUGACUUAGAAGUUACCAUAAAUUCACAUAUUUUGAGGGUUUGAGCCAUGAAAAAUCAUAGUAACUUUAUUAUUGAAAAGUUGUAAAUCUAUAUUCAGUAGUAGAUCUAUGUUCAAGGAUUCAGUAUACCUGUAUAAUAAUAAGAUAACCUGAUUACUGAUAUUGUGUUUA